AUGAAUCGUAUACAAGCAUUGAAAAAAAUUCAACAAACUUGUGGCUAUGAUUUCAAAAAUAUAGAUCUUUUGGAAGAAGCAUUUACACAUGAUAGCAACCGUGUGAACGAUCGAACAAUUCGCACAUAUCAAAGAUUAGAAUUUCUCGGUGACAGUGUGUUAAAUUUAGUCGUUAGUGAACAUCUUUAUCGCAAUCAUCCUGACUUCAACGAAGGUCAAAUGACAAACAAACGAAAAGAACUCACUGAAGCAGUAAAACAAACUCAAAUAGCUGAAAAGCUGAACAUAAAGGAGUAUAUCGUAUUUGGACAAAGUGUUAACAAAGAAAAAUUCUCAAAGUAUCAUAGUUUUAUUGAAUCAUUAAUUGGUGCCGUUUAUAUUGAUGGUGGAUUAGAAGCAUCACGUGGCGUCAUUAAACGGCUUUGGGAAAUUAAUGAUAAUUCGAAUACAGCUGCUAAUACUAGUUGCGUAAUGUCAUAG